UAUUGAUUUCCUCACUUUCUCCAGGGCCACAGAAAAUCGUGAUGUUUAAUGGAUGCCCCCUUCGGAGGUCGUUGGAGUCCUCGCAAUCAUAGACCCGACAUCAAGCGAACAGAUUUCAUCAUGGCAACGAGCCACCUUCAGCCUGUGCUUCUUGAGCCCUCCUGUGGAGGGUGUAAUAACUGAGGGAGGGGCAGCGAGUCUGAGAAAAGCCUCCACCUGCAGAUGAAAAUCGUUCAAACCAUGUAGUGUUCCUUUCUCCAAAGAGGGGGGAGGGUGUAAGCUGGAUUGUGAUUGCAUUUUUUUAUUUUAUUUUAUUUUUAACUCGUUUCUGUUCAUGUAAUCGCUGGGACAGAUUUGUUGCUCGAUUGCUGAGUGUAUGUGGGUGUGGGCAGAAAGCGUGAGGUGAGGAGAAAGUGAAAGAGAGGGAAAAAAAAGAGUGAACGAACAGAGAAAGAAGGGAAGAGAUGGUCCUCCACACCACCCCUUACUCCAGUGCCUGUUUGCACUUCCUGGAUGGGCUGUCGUGGAGCCUGGUGUUCCCCUGCUACUGGCUCCUGGACCGGCUCCUGGCCUCCUGCGUGGCCACUUCCCUGGAGAAGCGCCAGCGAUCCCAAGACCCCUGCUCCUUCCUCACCCUGUGUGUCCUGGCUGCUGCACCUCUUUAUCUGCUGCUCCUCCUCGCAUCCCUGCCCUUUGCCCUGCUGGGUUUCAUCAUUUGGGCUCCCCUGCAGGCUGUCCGCCAGCCAUACCUGUACACAUAUCGGAGACCAGACAAGAACCAGGCAGAGCAAGGUCAAGCAGGUGGCGCUGGGACAGGAGAAUGGAGGCCACAAGGCAGAAGCUUCUGUUUCUGCAGCGCCAAUGUUUGUCUCCUCCCGGACUCCCUGGCCCGGUUCAAUAACUUAUCAGACACCCAGAGAAGAGCACGCGAGCUGGGCAAGAGAAUCCGCAAUGGUGCGAGUCGGCCCCAGAUUAAAAUAUACAUCGACUCGCCAACCAACACAUCCAUCAGUGCAGCAUCCUUCAGCAGUCUUGCCACUGGUUUCCGCCGCACGUCCUCUCUGGACCAGCGUCCAGAGCAAGUCCACACCAUCAAUGGCCCAGCUGAAACUGAAAUAGAGCCUGUCACAGAGUGCCCUGUUCACCCCUCGGACACCACCGACUGCCCUGUUCACCCACCUUCGGAAGACCAGAGUUUUACCAAUUGCCCCGUUCACCAUGAUGGAUCAGACAACACAGCAGAUUGCCCCCUCCACCUGGCUGGAACUACCAACAGCUCAGACUGUCCCAUCCACCCCUCGAGCGAUGCCACUGACUGCCCAAUGCAUUCAACAGAAGGUCAGAAUGACUCUGGCCAUCAUGACUGCCCCAUGCACGGGGAGGUAGCACAGAAAAAGCCCUCCACAGAGUGUCCGCUUCACACCUCAGGGGUUCAGAUCAGCAUCAGUGCCCCAGAACCGGACCCCCAGGAGGAGGAGGCUGAGACUGGAAACCAUCGAGAUCUGGCAGGAGGAGACACAGGCAGCAUGACUGCCUCUCGCGAAUCCCUCACUCGUUACCAUGGAGGCGACACAGCAGUAGGGAUAUCCUCCAACAACACCCUCUCUCACGUACCACGCACGUCCAUCUUCAAGAGACCUGGAAGGAAACGCCGCCAUGGAGAUGAAACGUUCGACCAUGAGAUCUCUGCCUUUUUCCCUGCCAACUUGGAUUUUCUAGCUCUACAGGAAGUUUUUGACCACGGAGCAACAACGAGACUUCGACGUCAGCUUCAUCGCUACUUUCCCUAUGUGCUGAGCGACGUCGGUCGCUACGGCUGGAAAGGCUGCUGCUCCAGGUUUAAGUUUUUGAACAGUGGAAUGUUGCUAGCCAGUCGCUACCCUAUCCUGGAUGCUCGGUAUGAGUGCUACCCCAACGGGAGAGGAGAGGACGCGCUGGCAGCCAAGGGGGCGCUGUUUGCUAAGGUCAGUGGUUUCCCCAUUUCCUCUUCCAACUCUUCAUGAAGUUAACCUUCCGGG